CCACUCCUCUGACCAGGAAGUUAAAAAAUGUACAAACACACUGAUACGUGCCUUUCGUCUACCCACCACCCAAAAUCAAAGAGCUUUACCCAAACCUAGCCACUCCUCCUCCAACCAGGAAGAUCGCUUCGGCUCAGUAGCUUCGAGGAAGAACGCUCUCUCCUCCUCCUCCAACCACACAGCCACCGUCUUCUCCGACGAGGAAGACCAGUGUGACGAAGACCAGUCCGACGAGGAAGACUAAUCUGACAAAGAAGACCACUCCGGCUCAGUUUCUUAACUACGGCAAUUUUGUCUUCUCCCUCUCUGCCCUCUUCCUCCUCUACCCCAACGCAGAAUCCCCAUAUACACAACUGUUUGUUAAAAUGAUGCACAUCAACUAUCUGUUAAAAUGCCUAAUACACGUAGCCUUCAAUUUUCUGUUUGGGUAUGUAUAGGAGAUCCUUAACCAGAAUUUCCAUGGUGAGGAAGAAGGGCAGCCGCAAACUCUCUUGUAUAAGAAUCUUUG